AUGAGUUCCUAUUUCGUCAACUCAACUUUUCCCGUGUCUCUACCGGGAGGACAGGACUCUCUCCUGGGUCAGAUCCCGCUCUACUCCUCGGGAUACACGGACCCGCUCCGGCACUACUCCACCGCAGCGGCCACGUAUGGAGCCGCCGCCGGCAUGCAGGACAAGGUCUACCCGGCGUCCUACUACCAGCAGCCGGGCUCCACCUCCACCAUCUACGGCCGGACCGGGGGGGUUGGUGGGACCGCCUGCGACUACAACCCGGUGGGCACCUUCUACAAGGACGCGGAGGGGUCGUGCACCUUCUCCUCCAGCCGCGAGGACCCGUCUCUGUUCGUGUCCUCGCAGGAGCUGCAGCAGCGCAAAGCCGAGGAGACGAGCCUCGGCCUGGAGGACAAGUCCGCGUCGCUCAUCUACCCGUGGAUGCAGAGGAUGAACGCCUGCUCCGCCGGCCCGUUCGGCAGCAGCGGCCGCCGGGGCCGGCAGACCUACACCCGCUACCAGACCCUGGAGCUGGAGAAGGAGUUCCACUUCAACCGCUACCUGACCCGCAGGCGCCGGAUAGAGAUCUCCCACGCCCUGUGUCUGACGGAGAGACAGAUCAAAAUCUGGUUCCAGAACCGCAGGAUGAAGUGGAAAAAGGAGAACAAGCUCAUGAACCCCUCGAAGACGCCGGAGGAGGAGGAGGAGGAGCAGGCGGAGAAGAAGAGCUGA